AUGGCCACAAGAGCAACAUCACCACUAGGGCCACAGGAGCAACAUCACCAAUAUGGCCACAAGAGCAACAUCACCACUAGGGCCACAAGAGCAACAUCACCAAGAGCCACAAAGCAGGCACUUGUUACCGUGCUCACCACUGAGUGCGUGUGGGCGGAAGGUUCAACCGUGUCACCACAAGUUUGCCAGGCGGAGGUUCAGUGGCUCCAGUAUCGGCUGCGGCCGUCACCCGCCGCCGCUCUUGAUAUUCAUGAAGCAAAAGGUUCAGAGGCCACUGAAGGAGGCUCUUACCUCCACGGCGCUCCGCCAAUUUUACCAAUUACCUUCACGUCUCAGAGACAAGUUCAUUUCCUACAGAAUAUUAUACAAAGGUCGCGUCCACGCCUACAGGAGAACUCAGGCCAGCUGAAGCAUGGAGAGACAAAGGACGAGUACUCUGAUCUCGUCAACAACAAAGGUCCCUUCUCGGGUCUCUCCUCUUCCAAGCGUAAACUGGUGGGUUGGCUCCUCCCUGCAGCUAUCUAUCACUUCUGGUACUGGAGUGCCAUGGCCUAUAGGAACCUCUUCUACGUGUUUAUAGAGAAAUAUCCCAUGACCAUCACCAUGAUUCCAGGCUCUAUCGUCGCUGGAACCCCCAGAGGUGGCCUGGACCUGUCCAUGUCACUACAAGCUAACGGUAUGACGGCUGCAACGUUCUCCAUAUUCUUCAUGAACGUUCACAUAGAGAGACACGCCUUGCUGUUCAGUCUGUUGGGGUCAUCUGCCGGCGUGAUCUUCGGGCUUGAGGUAGUGGAUCCAAUACUAACUUCCUCAAUGAAGAAGAUGGGCUUCGUGAGCAUUUUCUUCGCCUUUGCCUUUGCGUUGUUCCUCAUCAACUGGGACCACAAGAGACGAACAUUUAACAGCAUUCCGGAUCUAAAUUGGUGGAAGAGAUUGUUGAUUAUUGCGUUUGCUUUUAUCGGUGGUAUAUUUACGUCUUUUUCCGGUAGUGGCGCUGAUAUUUGUAUGUUCAGUCUCCUUACUCUCUUCUUUAAGAUCUCUGAGAAAGUGGCGACCCCAACCUCAGUGGUGCUGAUGGCUAUGACGUCAAUGGUGUGUUGGUGGUGGAGGUUCUUGGUGACGCAGACGAUGCCCCUUGAGAGCUGGGAGUAUCUGCUGGUCGUGUUCCCCAUUGUUACAGUCGGUGCUCCCUUUGGUGCUCUCGCAGGCACACACUUCCACCGGUUAGUGUUGGCUGCCUCUGUUUACAUCCUUAACACUCUGUCUCUUGUCGGGGCUUUCAUCAUAGUGCCUCAGACACCUGCUCUCGCUGGGGGCUCCGUCGGUAUAAUGCUUAUCAUGUUUUUCGUCUAUUAUAUCAUAUAUAAACUCGGGGAUCGUAUGAAUUCAAAAAUAUGA